AUGGAGAUUCGCUGUUUCUUGGUGCACUGCAGCGAUACUUCCGCGGGACUCCCUUAUGUGGAGGUGCCGCCGCCCUCUGCUGACGUGCGUGAUACGGUGGCCAAGGUUUUCGGCAGGCAUUCGCCGGAAUUCUAUUGGCGUCUCGGCAACGACCCCCGCUGCUCCCGCCGCAUGGUGUCGGUGUCGCUAGAGAAUUGUGUUUCUGCGGAAGAGCCGUUGACCAGCCGAGUGCACCCGCAUGUUCCGCAACGCCUCGUGCUGAAGUGUCUUGGCAAGAAUGCAAUAAAGGUUACCCGGUGUGCAGUUGUGGUCAACCCUGGCAACCAGCAAGCACGGCAGGAUCGCUUUCUACUGCACCGUAACGAGUCCACGGUGCUUCGGGUUGGUGAUUGCAUUGGUGUAACAGACCGAGUGUGGAUGCAGGUUGUGCUAGCGUGUCUCUGCGUCAAUGAUGCGGCAAAGGAACCGUUCGUGAUGUCGCAGGACAACACGGGCAGAGUUCACCACUCUGGGUGUAAAGUGCUGUGUCCGCAGUCGCCGGAGCUUCCUCCGUAUCCAUUCGUGCACGUGGACCGGCCAUGGCAGAAGCUGCCGUCUUCUGUGCGGGCCUCGCUUGUGCAUACCGUGUGGCGGUUCCAACUGUCCGCGGACUCCAACACGGCCGGAACAACGACACCAGCGGGACCAGCCAUGGAUACCUUGAGCCUCACGUGCACAUCAGAAAUCACCUUCAAUGGGAAGGACGACAUGGUAGAGGAGGCAGCAACGGUGACGGUUGCCAGUAAUUGUUCACUUGUGUGUGCUAAAGACGGAACGGGUACGUCAAGUAGUGAAACUCGAAGCAAACGACAGCAGCAUGUUGCCUCAUCCGGAAGCCACGCUGCCGAAUCUCAAGCCCUUUCAUUAGACGCAGAGCCUCUCCAAAAGAAACAGUGUACUUCUGCCACUAGUCUGACAAACCUGCAGAGUGUGCCCCCUACCGGCUUGGUUGAAAAUAAUACUUAUUGCGACACAUAUGAUGAACGUUUAGAUGAAGCACUUUGUGCGCUUGAGGCGCGAGUCGCUGUUGCCGAUCGGAUCAUCACAGCGGAGCCACCGCCGCCGCUGCUGCUGGGUGACAGCCCGACGACAACGAAAGGCCAGUCAGUGGAGCCAGUGCGGUCGGGUCGUUGUGGUCGGUCCGUCGGGGUGAACAGGCCCCUCCAGCAAGUGGGCAAUGCGCAGGAGCAGCAGCAACAGCAGCAGUUUGGGCGCCUGGGCGGCGUCAUUGCCACUCGUCCCGCAAAUGAUGAGUCGCAGGUGGUGUACUACCGUCACUAG